GCUGCACUUGUGCACAGUUGUUUGUGUGAGUGAUCUGCUAGCACACAUCUCAGUGAGAAUCAUCCCAGCUUUGUAGUAUGGAUCACACAGAAGUAUUGAAGCCACAGACCUUGGAGGAGCUCAUCCAGAUCCUGCACCAGAUCUUUUCCAGCGAUAAAGUCAAUGUAGAAGAAGUUCAGAAUAUAGUGGAGUCCUAUGAGAGCAAUCCACUAGAAUGGAUGAAGUUUGCCAAGUUUGACCCAUACAGGUACACUCGGAAUUUGGUAGAUGAAGGAAAUGGAAAGUUUAAUCUGAUGAUUCUCUGCUGGGGUGAAGGACAUGGCAGCAGUAUACACGAUCACACCAACUCUCACUGCUUCUUGAAGAUUCUCCAGGGCAACCUGAAGGAGACACUGUACGAAUGGCCACAGAAAAAAUCAAAUGGAGCAAUGGUGAAAACGUCUGAGGCGGUGCUGAAGUUAAAUCAAUGUGCAUACAUCAAUGAUUCCAUGGGCCUUCACCGAGUGGAAAAUCCAAGCCACACAGAAUCGGCUGUGAGCCUCCAUUUGUAUAGCCCUCCAUUUAACCACUGUCAAACUUUUGACCAACGAACAGGGCAUAAAAACACAGUGAAAAUGACAUUUUGGAGCAAAUAUGGAGAACCAACUCCAGUGGCAACCGUACAGUCACAGGAAAACAACUAGACUUGCCCAGAAGGUUUUCAUGAAGGCUUCCAAUAAAACAAACUGGUGUUCUAAAAUACUGGAGUUUAACUUUGCAAGAGAAGCUGCACUUCCAAGAAAAUAUUCCUUGGAGCUUGUUGAAUAAGAUGAAGCUCGGCUAAAUUCCAUUGUGUGGAUUUUUAUUUUAUCUUCUCCCUCGUUGUUGGCUUUGUUGCAGAGAACUUUGUUACAUUCAGAAAGCUCUGGGGCAGAUUUCCUUGCUAAGUGCAACUACCCUUGAAAUUUGAACAGACUAUUUGCCUUUAUUGCCAUUUGCCAACCCUUUCAGCCUCUGGAAUUUCUUGACCAAACUGUACAUAACACCCUCAGUAGGAUUUACAAGAUGGCAGUCUUGAAAAAUUUUUUUUUUUUUUUUUUUGCAAGUUUCUCCUCAGGGCUUAUGCCUAGUCUAGGGGAGAAACUUUUUUUUCUUUUUAAAACAAAUUAUUUUUACUUUUUUAUAAAGAUUUGUUUAAUUGUUUAUGUCCUUGACU